CAGUCACAAAUCGAACCGCGCGGCGGACGGACGUGCCCUCGGAAAGGAUAAUCUAAAAAAGAAAGAAACUUUAAACGUCCCCUCGCAACAAAUUCAAAACUAUCUUUUUACGAUACGUCAAUGUAAAAAUAUAUCUUUUGUGCGAUUUUUUUGUUAUUUGUUUCAACCAGUGCUAUUUGUCGUGUAGUUUAUUUAUAUUAUAGACUGUUAAUGCCGUGUUUAGUGUUCGAAGUAAAUACGAAAAGAUCUUCAUUACUACAUUCGAAUUCACCAAUCAUCCCUGGAUACAUUCCGCAGAGCAGUACACAGAGGUAUGCUAAUUCAUUAAUUGUUUAGAUAUUAUAACGUAGAAGCGUUAAAACUACGGUUUUUAACCAGCAUUGGUAUAUAAGAUGUGACAAAACCAUGGCAGCCACAGACGGGCAAAUCGUUGUCGCUGCCUCGCGCUGGUCUGAUGAGGGGAAUUACUUAAGAGAGUUCGUCGCCAAGAACCGCCUUCCGAGCGUCGCCAAGAUCAUCAAAGGACAGUAUGGAGGCCUGGGUGUCCCGACCUUACCGAGCCCCGGACUACAGAGCACAGCGAUCUUCAUAUCAGCGGGAAAGAGAAAGAAAAUCAUCGCCCAAGCUAUCAAACUCAAAGAAGGACGUCGCAUGGUACCCGUAGGGCCGAGAAUCGCCAUCCCAGACACGUAUAGAGGAUACUUCGAGUUGCUUAGUGAAGAAGGUAGGGCGGUCAGAUGUAUUGAGACAGUAACUGAACUAUCUAGACGGAAACUAGACGAUGGCUGCUUGGUUAGAGAUCCUAUUAGAGUAAUUUGCGGGAAAACAGAUUUAGAUGGUAAUAUCACAGCGGAUGGAACCAGAAACUUACCCGCCGGCGAAAUAAUAAUGCCUAAAGGUGAAACGUUCUUGGGUAAGAAUAAGUAUUUGAAAUGCACAGACUCAAAAGGAGAUCUGAUCCUGUUGAGCCUGGAUCAGAGAGGAAAGUUUUCCGCUAUCGCUAAAGAAGAGAACAUCAGUGGAGUUCACACCGCUAAGACUUUGCUGACGAAACGACUGCCGAUAACGGUAAGACUAGUGCACGGAACUCCGCCGCGAGGAUUGAAGAGUGCAAGCCAUUUCGUUCCUGAAAUAAGACUGCUUUCGAUGUUCGAAGAAGAACAUGUUUUCGCUCUGCCACUACCCAAAGAAGGCAAUGCAUUGGUUGCUUUACCUCUAGCUGCUCCUCUCAAAUUGCAGAAGUGCAAAAACGAGGAACUAAUUAAGAAUUUCAUGGAAUUCUCAAGAUUAGUCGAGAAAUGUAACAGACUGCUGACUGACGUUGUUGACAGGAUGCACGUACUCGAUGGCAAAUUGGGAGACCCAAAACGACUCCUUAAUGGCCCAUUAAACGCACCACCGUUAGUUAAAACCGGUUACUUUUUACGACGCAGCGCGUCAUCCGAUUCCGCGAACCAACACAAGCAUCUGAGACACAAUCACAUUUACAGCAGUCAUCGAGACGAGAACAGCAUUCCCGACGAAUAUGAUGAGAUCGACCAAAUUUAUGACUACGUCAGGGGUUUCGCUCCAUUACCGAAAAGCAUUAAAGCAUCUUAUUCCAACGAUCCCCCUCCUAGACAUGAAUCGGCCCCCGCUUCGCCGGCAGCCACGCCCAUCCACAUGCCACUAAUCACGGAGAUCAAGCCAGAGCCGCCCCCCAUUGAAACGAUCCCCACCAAAAAGCCAUUGAACAUUCAAAAAGCAGAGAAAAGAACCCGAAAAUCAAUUGUGCCGAAAGAGGCACCGGUGAUUGUCUACAAAGAGAAAUGCUCUGUGGCGCAAGUACCGAACUUACCGAAGCUGUUCAUAAAAAACAACAUGAACAACAGCAAAACUAAAAUAGUUUUCAGGCAGAAAAGUAGCUCGCCCACAAAAGAAACGCCUAGUCCCUUAGCUAGUCCAGUCAGACCUUUAACUAAAGGCGAUUCGCCUAUCUUCAACAUAAGGUAUAAGAGUCUUUCAAACAUUCACCAAGCCAUGGAGUUAGAUGGAACGUUGGACUCCAGUCAUUCGGGCGGCAGGACAUCUGGAGAUUCUGGCAAUGGACCGAAAUUACCCGAGAAACGAUCUAGGAAGAUAAGCAGACCAAAAAGCUUGACGAACUUGGUCUGGGAACUUAAGGGGUGUCCGGUUGAUGAGAAACCAAAAGCUAGGGUGAAAAAAGAGAAUUACAAGAACGUUACCUCUAAAUUGUCUCUGGGUGCGCAGAAGCGGGUACCAACGCUUUACCUUUGAAAUAAUGACGACUUUGGGCUCGACGUGAAACGAAAAGAAGAAUGAAAAGAAUAAAUGAACAAAAGAAUCAACAAAGACGAAUUUAAUACAGAUUUCGACAGAAGAUUUGAAAAACAGCACGUGACAACAGAAAUCGUAAAAUAAUAUAAUGUUUCAUUCAACUCGGUCCAUCCGAUAAACGAUAACAAAUAAUGUAAUUUAUAUCAUUUAAUUACUCAAAAUUUCUGGUUUUAUUUAUAAUGGAAUACUAAAUAGUCAUUCUUUUCAUAAGAUAUACCAAGAAAGCUAUCACCAACUUGUUUAAAAUUUUACACGGAGAUUGAACUCAUCUAGAACGAAAAUGAUAUAAUGAAAAAUGAUCACAUAUUUUGUGUUUUGUAUUGGACCCGUCCUGAAGUAAAGAUGGCGCUGACACGCACCGGACUUAGCAAAUCCCGAAUGAAAUAUAAUUAAUAUUAAUUUCACGUAAUAUAUUACGAUUUCUGUUUUAAUGUAAAACUUAAUUAUAAUUCAACUUAUUAAUUAUCAUAGCUAUUGAUCUCUUUACGAAUAAAUAAGAGCCUUAUUUAUAAUUGUAUGCCAUAUUAAGGUGUAAUUUUUUGUUUCGUUAAUUAAGGAUAUCGAUUGUCACUUUAUAACUUUUUCACUUAGCACAAUUUUCGACGUGCCCUAAGAACCAGCUUAGUUAAGGGUUAGUUUGUCUUAUCUUCAUUGCUUACUCCGCGCAAUGAAAAAUAAACAAACAUAUUUACUCAUCACUAUACUACCGGCGUUUUACUGUAAUCUUUUUUUUUCUAUAUUUUCUAUUAUUAGGAACUUAUUUAUUGAAAAAUACAGAUUAUUGCAAUAAAUUUUUAAUUUGAGAAUUGAAUUCAAACAUGAGCAACGUACGCUUGGGGGGGUCCGAAAAAGGAACUACUCUUUUUAAGGAAUUUUUCGACCUGGUAACUAAGACCUUUCAGUCAAGUCUUAUUUUAAUUUAUAUUGUUAUUUUUAUGAAAAAUGAUAUAAUGGAGUGAAAUGAAAUGAAGAUGAUUAAUUUGCGACAAUAAUCUACUGGGAUGAAGUUAAAUAAAAUGAGAUGAGAUGGUAUGGGAUGAAAUAUAAUUUCAGUAUAACGGUGGUCAUUUACUGAGAUUUUUCAGUGGACUUUUUGGGGGAUCCCGAGAAGCUACGUCCAGCGGCUUUGUUUCGCUUUCCCACGCUUGUGCAAUUUCACAGAUAUUAAAUAGUCAAUACACCACUGUUAUUACACAUUUAAACCUGAUGAAACACUAAAUAGACAAAAAAAAACACACCUUCACUCCUCGCGUUCCCGCCAAAAAGUCCAAAAAGGAACUACAUUUUUAAACUCUCACAGAGAAACGCGAGACAAAGGGCACUGGAGCCAUACUGCUUUAAUGUUAUUUGCAUAAACAUUUAUGAAAUUUUAUUUGUAUUCUUAACAAUUUAUAAAAAGAGAAAGCAACAGAAUUAAUGGUAAUAUAUUUAUCUUAGGGCACGCUACGUGUACAUGUUACUUUCAAAACGCUUCAUUUUUACACCUUUAUAUAGAAAUACACGAUUUUCUAUAAAGUUAAGAAAAUUUUCAUUUUUCGUUUUAUUUUUUGUUUUCUUUUAAUUUAAAACCAAAAACUCGAGGUGCCUUACUAUAUAAAUUUUAAAUCAUUAUCUUGUUGGUUUUUUAUUAAUAUAAUUAAUCGUUAAUUUAAGUAAUCAGUCACAAAAAUGUUUUAAUUUUAGUUAUUCACAUUUAUAUUCCUAAUUUAAAGUGCGUAUUUGAAAAUAUUUUACGCACAUUAUUAUUUACAUUUAAUUUUAAUUAUAUUAAUUUUCAGUACCUACUUCUAGACACGGUCCAAUCUAGUAAAUUUCAUUGUUAUAUUUAACAAACAAAUUUACGAUUAUUGUAAUUAUUUAGUAAACUUUUUAACACAAGUAUAAAUGAAGCAAAACGAAUUAAUACUAUAGAAUUCUCAUGACAACAUUACAAUAAGAAACGUAAUUCACAUUAUUUUUUUAAAGCUUCAACUAAGUUACUAGAAAUUAAGAAAUUUGUAUUAUACACACCUCACUGUCUCUCUCUAAUUAUUAGAGAGAGACAGUGAAUCAAUAAUUCUAGAAUGUCAUCUGUGCAGUACAACAGCCGAGUUAAAACCAAUACUUCCGUGAAUUAAACAGAGACAACACUAGUUGAUUUUUUCUAGAAGUUUUAAUACCUACUUAUUGCUGCCAAUUACACGCAUAUUUUCCAUCAUAUUUGUGCUUUAUUGACAUUGUCACAUCGACGAUGGCUUAAGAGAUUUAACUAUUCUAUAAAUUAAAGAAUCUUAGUCAGUUAGAUUUCAAAUCCUUUGUUUCUCCUCCUAAGAAGGAAUCUACAUGUGUCUACGCACUUUUAAUAGAUUUAAAUAGUACUAUUAAAAUAUUUUUUCUUGCAUUUAUCAAUGUAAUCGUUAAAAUUAUAGUGAUUUUAGUUUUAUAAAUUAAUUAAGUAUCGAACGAUAGUUUUAGAUUGAAAUUUACUAACAAAACGAAUUAUCAGGCGAUUCAUUUUUUUUUCCUACCUUUGCUGAUAGCAGAGGCUAUUUCAGCUUCACCCUAACGUAUAGGUGAGCUCACGGGGCUCAAGCCGGAGUGUUUCUAACACAAAAGCACCGUUAAUGGAUCAGGAGGAUCCGUAAUGAUGUGCUUUGGGCGACGUCGACGGUUUACCAUUCGAUCUACUGGGUCGGGUAUGUAGUUUCCAGCACCACGAUAAGAGGGUUCUCAUGUCGUGCCGCCUUCCCAAAGUGGCGCAGCGAUGCCGACUGUAGAUACUUACUGACAGAGUCGAGCUCCAGGUCAUCGUGGAGAUCCACGUUCGGCGAUUCAAGACGACAACUGCUGCAUAGCAAUGACAUAAAUUACAGCAGGAAUCAAAUUAACAUGCGAUAUUUCAAGUCAAGUCUUGCGAUUUAGUUUGAAAUGUUAAAGAAAUAAUUCGAUAUUUAAUAUUGAUGUUUCUCAGUAAGUUAUUGUUUGGGAAACAUAGUUAUAAAAAAACGUGUGGCACUCGGGAACUGCCGCGGUAAAGCCAUUGCAUAGCAUUUUUUAUCAACUUAUGCAAUUAUAAUUAGACAAUGAUAAUUUAAUAUUAAAACAAUAAUAAAACAAGACCACGCUAUAUUAAACAUUAAUAAAAGCAAAACCUUAACUGUCCCCUUCACACUCAUAAGCUAGACCGCGCGAGAGAGAAAGGGGCAGACUUUUCAUGAUGCGCAUGCAGUGUGACGUCACGCCACGCGCUUAUUCACAAACACUACACAAGCGCAACGUGUGAAUGUGUUAAACGCGAGCUACAUGGUAGGCGGAGGGGGGUGUUAGGUUUUUUUCGUUACGGAAUUUCAUGAUUCGGUCGCCGCGCUCAAGGCCCGCGAUAAAAGCUAUGCAAUAGCUUAAAAAAAGUUCAAAUGUUAAAAACCCCACGAAGCGAUCGUCUUCCCUCUAAAGACAGCCUCAAAAAAAAACCAUAAUGUGAAUUGUGAGUUACUAAAUAGCAUCAGCCUGCAUUUCUGCUGUAUUGAUUCAGUCCAAAAACGACGUUAUUGAAAAUGUUAUAAAGAAAGUUUUGCUUUGCACUUUUUUUAUAUGAUUAGUACGUGUAUUUCUUAUGUUUAGAACAUUUAACAUUAGUUCAAUCUAAAACUGUCGGUAUAAACAUUACGUAUACUGUGAUAAAUUUCUUGGAGUUCCAAAGAAUCGCCUUUGAAUCUUCGAUUGAUUUAUCGUCAUUUUUAGCUUCAACUAUGAAUUUAUACCCAAAAAACCUAUUUUUAAUUAAGAUUAAUGAUGUAAGUUUUUUUUUUUUUCACUUUUCGUAAGUAUUUUUUUUUGUAACUACUAUUUUUAAACGUACGUACGGACAAUGUAAUACUUAAUGAUAUGAAUAAACGAAAUCAACAAUGAAAA